AUGAAGAGCCUGCUCGAGGCCUCAGACGAAGAGCUGGAGUCCAUGCAGUCCAAGAAUGACCCCGAGCGCCGCAACGUGGACUUCCGCACCAUGACGUCCGAGCUCAAGGCUUGCAUUCUGUUCAACUCUGACAAGCCCGGCUCAUUCAGGUUCAAGUUCAUCCACCCGCACACCGGUUGGUCGCCACUUGUGGAAGCAACCAAGCAGCGGUACUUGCAGCAUAAGGAGAAAGUGGUGCAGGCAAUCCAAGCCAUGGCGGCGGCUGUGGAGGAGCCAGGUCUGAUGCUCGCCGCGCAGCAGCAGCAGCAGCAGCAGCAGCAGCAGCAGCAGCAGCAGCAGCAGCAGCAGCAGCAGCAGCGGCCGCAACAGCAGCAGCAGCAGCCGCAGCAGCAGCAGCAGCAGUUACAGCAGCAGCGCCAGGAGCACCAGUGCAAGCAGCAGCAGCGCAUGCCGGCACAGCACUAUACUCCGGCUCAGCAGCAGGCGCCAGCGAAGCGACAAUCGCAAUGGCAGGCGCAGGUUCUUGCGCAGCAGCAAGUACCGCAGCUGACACAGCAGCAGGCACAGGCAGAGGCACCGCCGUACAUGGAGGCCACGCCCUCGCCAUCGCCACGUGCGCAAGCAGUGCUGCAGGCCUUGCCAUCGCAGCCGCCGCUGCCAUCGCAGCCACCCCCAUCACAGCCGUUGCUGACGUCGCAGCCGCAGCUACUCCCAUUGUCUACACAGUCGGGGCCGCAACUGGUAGCCAGCAAAACGUCAUAUUCACAGCCGCCGCUGCCGCAGCAGCAGCAGCAGCAGCAGCAGCAGCAGCAGCAGCAGCAGCAGCAGCAGCAGCAGCAGCAGCAGCAGCACGGGCGAGAGCAGCAGGAGCAGCAUGUGGCGUUGGGGUUCACAGUAGCAGGGGCGGCUGACGCUGCAAUGCCCCCCACGCACGUCGCCUCUUUUGUGGAGACGGGUGCACACUCGCGGCCGCGGGUCAAACCCUGCGCAGACAUGGGAUUGGCAGCGGGAAUGGCGAGGCAGCCGCAGCUGGAGGAGUCGUCAGGGUCUCCAUGUGCAGACGGCGACACACCGGCUUUCGACGACCUGAUGGCAAGGGACUUUGCUUCUGUGAACCUCGCGUGGUCCUUCCCUGCCACAGCAGCAGCGGAGUGUGGCUUGGCACCCUGCAGCGCCCAGACGCUACCGCAGGUGGAGCUUGUAGAGGAGGAGCUCAGGGGCGAGCCGUGUGCAGACUUCGGCAUGAUAUCGCUUGCAGACAUGACUGACGAUGACGCUGCGGAUAAUGUCCUGGCAACGCUCGGCCAGCUGCCGGACCUAGGCAAUCGUGCUUGCAGCAGCAGCGACGCUUUUUGUGGCAGCAUUGCAGGCAGCGGCAACGCCUGCGGCAGCAGCAGUGAUGGUGUUCGUGAGGAAUUGGAGGAGUGGAUGCUCAACGCCACAGAUUUUGACUUUGGGCAGCGGGAAGUCAACCCGCCGCUGCCCAAGCGCAGCAAUGCAGGUGCACAUCUCACCUUUGACAGCACGUGGGAAUCUCCGUGCACGAAGCGCAUGCGCAUGCACUAA